AUGAGAAGAAGAAGAAGAAGUGCUCAACACUUCUUCCUCAUCGACUCAGUCGACGAAAGCGACGAUAACUUAUUGCAUGAAACUAGUGAUGGCUUUCAAAUGCAUAACGAUCUCCACUUAUAUCGCUUUAAUGAGACUUUAUCUCCGGCACUACUGCCGCCACUUUCUCAUCGACACUAUUACUACUGCCAUAAGCCAUACCACGGGUCCGAUCGCCACCACUAUUAUAACAGCAGCUCUGAUGCUGUCAUUAUUAAAGAUGAUAUAAUUUCUGGUCCAAUGGACUCAUUGGCAUAUAUUAGACACAAACGUCAGGCUAUCGAUGGCACAGCAGCUGCCGGUGCUGUUGUUGGCGGUGGUGUUGAUGGUGUUGUUGUUGUUGUUGGCAGUGAUAACACGGCUAUUGCCAGUGUAUCCGAUGAUGGCAUCAGUGAUAAUAAAUAUUCCGCACGUGAUUUCGCUAAUACUAAAGGCAUGUCUUCUAAUGCCGUUGAUUUAUCGCUACAAUCAAUGCACAAAACCAUAACUACAUCUUCCGAUCCCUAUAUGAAUACCAGAAUUGAGUCCAAUUGGGAACUAAACGAAACUUCGCGUUCAUUAUUUAUAGCCUUAUCCACAGCCACCACAACCCACACACCGUUGGCACCGGUAGUCGACACCGACUCAGCCUCAGGUCCCACACUGUUGUCCAACGGCGGCCACAGCGGUGGUGGACAGUGGCCGGCGAGUGGCCGAUCAGACGCCGAGUCUCCGAUUGGAUCUCAUGGCAGUAGCGGUGGUGAUAAUGAUGGCGGAUAUGGAGGCCAACACCACAACUCACAUAGUAUUGGACGAGAAGAAGACGAGCCAGAAGUCGACUUCAAGUCACGACAACACCAUAAACAACAUGAGGAUAGAGAUGGAGAUAAGGGCAGAGAAGUGGUUGUAGUGGACAGUGAAGUGGUUAAAGUGGUAGACAAUGAAAAAGUGCUGAUAAGUGGCGGCAGUAGUGAUACAGACAGUGAUGUGCGAGCGGGUGGAGGGGUGGACACGACCGGUGGUCAGCCGUUUUGGUCCAAUUGGUCGGAGUGGUCGCCCUGUCGUGGCCUCAAUAAUAAGUGCGAUUCCGGCAGAAUUCACAGCAGAAUUAGGAAAUGUUUGGCACAGAAUGGAGACAUUGUUAACAGCGAUAUCUGUAGAGUCAGCCAUAAAGAGCAGCAAGAAUUGGAGAUUAGGGACUGUCGGUGCGAUUCCGAUGCACAACAACAACAGCCGACGUCUAAACAACAAUUACUACACGAAUAUAAUGUUAAUUCAACGACAGUAUCGGCCGGUAAUGAGUCGUCUCAACAUUACGGCGCCGAACAGACGGACAGAGCCUGCAAUGACUGCAAUCAAAACGAGAUCUGUUUGCUUCAAGUGAAGGCUGCCGUUCCCUUCUGUGCCAAAAUUAAAGACCCGAGAGAUCCGAGAGGGUGUGGCGGUUGGUGUUCAGGACAUAAAGAGUUGUGCCGAUAUGUGGGCGCACAGACAUAUCAAUGCGUCGACGAUUCAGAGGGUGUGGCGGUUGGUGUUCAGGACAUAAAGAGUUGUGCCGAUAUGUGGGCGCACAGACAUAUCAAUGUGUCGACGAUUCAGGAGACCGAGUAA